AUGGCGGCCAAGGGCUCGCACUCGCACGUGAAGCUGGAGGGGGAGAUCGAGCGGUGCCGCGCCGAGGGCCGCUGGGGCCGGCUGCACCGCCUGGUGCGGCAGCUGCAGCCGGCGGCCGGCGCCCCGCGCAAGGCGGCGGCGGCGGCGGCGGCCGGGGGCGCGCAGGAGGCGGAGGACUAUGGGAGUAUGCUGCUUGCAGAGGCUCUGCUGGAAGAAUGUUUGAAGGAAAACUUUGCCAAAUUGAAGGACUCUAUUCCACUAGUAGAAAAGAACGAGCCAAAACUGAAUGAAGCUAAACAGUAUUUGACCAAUAUCCUAAACAGAGGAAAACUACGACCUAAGUAUAUGACAGAAGCUAUGCUCAUCCUAGGAAAGCUUCAUUAUGUGGAAGGAUCCUACAGAGAUGCCAUCAGCAUGUAUGCAAGAGCUGGAAUUGAUGACCUCUCAAUAGGAAAUGAGCCACUGUACAUGCUACGUUUGGUGACGGAAGCCUUUGUUAUUAAAGGUCUGUCUCUGGAGCGCUCAACCAACUCAAUUGCCUCACGUGCUCGACUGUGCGAAAGAGAGGAGGAAGUCAUAGCUUGUUUUGAGACAGCAUGUGUUAUUGCCCAAGUGUACUUGCAGGAGCUUGAAAAGACCUUAAACAACACGCAUUCAAGGAAUAUAAAGGGCAGCAAUGUGACUUACUCAGAGUUUGAACUGUCUUACUUCCUGGAAGCAGCUCUGCAGAGUGCGUAUGUGGCUCAUUUAAAGAAGGGAAAUAUUGUAAAAGGAAUGAGGAGUCUGCGAGAAGUGUUACGGACUGUGGAAACAAAAGCUACUCAGACCUUCAAAAUGACAGCAGCCAAGCAGCUAGCCCAAGUGCUUCUCCAUUCCUUAAGUGAAGACUGUUACUGGAGCCCUUUAUCUGAUCCUCUUCCUGAGUUCAUGAGCAAGGAAGAUCAGUCUUACGUUAGCAAUCUUCUUUGUCGGAGGCCCCAGCUAUACGCAGGAGAGAACCUGUACUGCCCUCAAGACAACGUAGAAGAGGCUCUUCUUCUCCUCUUAAUCAGUGAAUCUAUGGCAAACCGGGAUGCAGUAAUCAGCCGCGCCCCUGAUCAGCAGGAUGACCGAGCUGUCAGCCUCCAGGAUGCAUCUGCAGUCUAUGACCUCCUCAGUAUCACGCUGGGCAGAAGAGGGCAGUAUGUCAUGCUUUCUGAGUGCUUGGAGAGAGCUAUGAAGUUUGCAUUUGAUGAAUUCCACCUCUGGUACCAGCUUGCCCUGUCCAUGGUUGCUUGUGGAAAGUCAGCGUAUGCUGUGUCAGUGCUCAAAGAGUGUGCUAAGCUGCGACCUACAGAUCCCACCGUUCCUCUUCUGGCUGCUAAGGUCUGCAUUGGGCCACUGCACUGGCUGGAGGAAGGAGAACACUUUGCUAAAAUGGUGAUAGACUUGGGUGAGGAUGCUGGAGAGUCUCUAGCAAAGGGUUACCUGGCACUGGGCCUGACAUACAGUCUUCAAGCUACUGAUGCUACCCUGAAGGGUACUCAGGAUGAAUUAAACAAGAAAGCACUUCAGACUUUGGAAAGAGCACAUGACUUGGCCCCGGAAGAUCAUCAAGUCAUCCUCUAUGUGUCACUGCAGCUGGCUCUUGUCAGACAGAUUUCUGAUGCCAUUGAUCAUCUUCAGGAAGCACUGAAACUGUGCAAAGAUGACAUGAAUUCACUUCAUCUGCUGGCCCUCCUCUUUUCAGCUCAGAAACACUAUCAGCAUGCACUGGAUGUCAUCAAUAUGGCUGUUGUUGAAUACCCAGAAAGCUUUAGCUUACUCUUCACCAAAGUAAAACUGGAAUGGGUACAUAAAGGACCUGAAGAGGCUCUGGUGACUUGCAGACAUAUGUUGCAGAUGUGGCAGAUGGUAUAUAAUGUUUCACAGCACAGUGGCUCUGAAAAAGAAAGUAGUGUGACAGAAGUGCCAGUGAUCAAAAAGCAUAAUGGAAUGCAUCUCACGCUCCCGGAUGCUCACGACACUGAUUCUGGAUCACAACGAGCCUCUUCUGUUGCUGCAUCAAGACUGGAGCAGGCCAUGUCUGAAAUAACCAUGCAGAGUACUGCACUGAAACAAGGACCUAUGCAGCUGUGGACAACUCUUGAACAAAUCUGGCUACAAGCUGCUGAACUCUUCAUGGAGCAACAGCAUCUCAAGGAAGCAGGCUAUUGUAUCCAGGAGGCAGCUAGUCUUUUCCCCACUUCACAUGCUGUACUGUACAUGCGUGGGAGGCUUGCAGAGAUGAAAGGCAAUUUGGAGGAGGCUAAGCAAUUGUAUGAUGAGGCACUCACAGUGAAUCCAGUUGGAGUGGAAAUUAUGCACAGCCUGGGCCCAGUACUGAGCAGACUUGGGCGGAAGGACCUGGCGCAGAAGGUCCUCCGGGAUGCAGUCCGGACGCAGAACACCAGCCACAGAGCUUGGAACAGCCUUGGGGAAGUCCUGCAAGCGCAAGGGAAAAACGAAGCAGCUGUUGAAUGCUUCCUCACUGCUCUGGACCUCGAAUCCAGCAGUCCUGUCAUCCCUUUCACUGUCAUACCCCGGGAGCUCUGAAGCUUUGCCCCUCAGCUAAGCAUCUGCAUUCAAUGGACAGGCACAAAUUAAAAAACAAAGAACAACCCACCAACCACAGAGAAGAAAUUCUGGAUUCAACAAAAAAGUGCCAUUGUAACCUGGAACUGGGCAAAACAAUUCCAGGAUGGGGCUCAGGUCUACAUAUUUAGCUGAGAAGAGCCUAACGUUUGGACAAUAUGGAACAGACAAGAAAACAAAACAAGAAACAAAAAGCCUUUUUACUUCACAGAUGCCUAGCUAACCUCCUAUUCGGGUUAACAGAAAGACUUAUUUCAAAGUGUUGGUUCAAGGUCACUGACUGUAGAAUAGUUGAUGCUAGAGUGUAGCUAUAUUUGAAGCAUUUGCACCUUUCAAUUUUCAUUAAAAUUGAAAUCCCAAAACCCUGACUUAAAGCUCAGGCCUGCUCUAAGCAGGAGUAAGUGCAUCAACUAACUUGAACCAAGCUGUGCUGAAGUAUGUGACUGUCUCCACAUGGGUCUGACAGGAUAGGAAUGACAAUUAGACUGUAUAGACAAGAAAUAUAUACUGUUUACAAAAUUAUAUAUCUCAGCUAUUCUGAUAAUCCUUUUUCUGCCUUGUUCUUAGAUAUUGCAUAUACUUGCUAUAUUUAGUGUGGCAUUUGUCUAAACAAAUUUAAGUUAAAAAUACCCUUUUUUUUAAGCUGCUAUUCUAGCAUGAUUUGCAGGAGCAGAAAAACCAAAGACUGAUCAGUUCACAUUUGAACUAGUAUUAAAAACACACACUUGUAUGUAUAUCUCUCCAGUUACAUAUUUAUUGCAAGAACUUUCAUGAACUAGCUAGAUACAAGCUGUCUGAGCUACAUUCUUACUAAUUACCUAGUCCAGCACUUUUAGUAAGAAAUAUAGUGAUUAUCAGUAUAUACUGCCUGAACUCUGUGUUCUACUUCACUACUCUUCCUGGCACAAAACAUUUUCAUAUUCAUCUUCUCAUAAUAUAAAAGAAGAUGGCAGUAGUCUUCUAAGGCAAAAUAUGCUGAAAGCAGUAUGUGUAUAUGUGAAUUACCUUUAUUUUUACUGUACUUCAGAUUUUCUAUAGCAAUUUUACAUUAGCAGUACAGAGCUGGGACCUUCAGUAGAGCAGGAUCGUUUUGUGUAUCAUAUCAGAUGCAAGCAUGAUCUCCAGAGCCAUCUGAGGAGCUCCUAAUCCACUCACCCUCCCAACGGCUGGCAUUGCAGGGAGGGGGGACACAGCUGGCAUGCCCCAUGCUAAGCUGAUCCUUAGCUGUAUUUGACCUCCACGUGGCCUUUGCAGCAACUUUGAGCUGUAACAUGACACACCAGAACCAGCCCUGUCCACGGCAGACCCAAGAGGAAGAUGAGGCAAAAAUGACCUGUGGGCACUUCCUAUAGAGAAAGUUUGCAGCUGUGUGCAUAUUUCUGUCCAGAGUAGGUUUCUAUCAGUGCACUGUUUCUAACUAUUUAAUAAAGAGAUUUUGCACUAAAAUGCACUUAACAGUAUAAUUCUACCCAGGAUUGUGAUCAGCAUCUAGAUCAUUCCAGAAAUAAUAUCUUCAGGCAGAAAGCAAGUAAGUUUUUGCUUUGUUUUUUGAAGACCCUCAGGCUAUGACAGCAGACUUGCAGUCAGUGUUGUUUACAGUUAUUUGGACAUCUACAGUUUAUCUGAGGUGUGGUUUCCACUGGGUCCUUCUCCUGCUGCUCCCAGACCACACCAGUGCUGCGCACGCAGCUUUUGCUCCCACUGCCCAGCUUCCCCACAAAGCACCCAUGCAAAGCAGUAGACUGAGGUGAGUUUUCUGUCAACAUCGUGUGGCACUUCUAAACUUUUUUAAUUAGAUUAGUGCAAUUAGCCCAGAUUAAUUACCCAGAUUAUUAUUCUGUUCACCAAGGCAUUUGGAGUGAAACCAGCACGGUCCAUGGAAGGUGGUCAGCCCAUGAGGACUCCAUCUUUCCAGUGACACGCAAGCCUCAAACUAGGCUUCUCAGGCCAGAGCCCAGUUUCCAAGGGAACAGUGCUACCCAGCCACAUUACUCAUUUGCAAUAGCACCAGCAGCCGAGGAAGGAGUAGGUGUUAAAGUACCAGAAGUAAAUGAGUUUCAUGGAGAUGAAAAGAUGAGGCAGAGACCAUUUUUCUAUAAAUGAUGCUAUGAAGUCGGCUGGUUCUGCAGUGCAGGUGGGAAAAGGAAAAGGAGAAAAAGAUGAUAGUAUUUUUGACAUAAGCUGUAAAUUGUUAUCCAGUGGUUUUGGACCCAGUUCCACUGUCAGAUUUAAUCUGGCAAUAGACCUCAUUAGAGCUAUUCUGAUACUUGUUCCUGCCUACAAGUGCAGUUUCCAGCAUAGCAGCAAGUCCUCUGUGUAAGACAAAAAAAAAUAGUCACAGUGUCCCAACAUGACCAUUUUCUUUUAUUAUUUGUGUCUUAAAACACCACCAUACCAACUUCCACGUAUAGAGCAACUGUUCAAGCUAUGCAUCACAUGGACUGAUUAACCACUUUAAGAGGUCGGGAGCUCAGCUGGCCGGUGACCUGGCAGGGAGGUACGCGUCUCCCAAAUAGCAAGCGAGAAGGGAGCGCUCAUGCACUUGUUUGCUUCUUCGUGGCCAGCUUGUAAGCAGCCACCAGCACAUCACGCUUGCUGCCAUCACAAGAACUUCGCCUCAGUAAUGCUGGAGCUGGUGCAGCAGUAGCUGGAACAUGCACGUGGGGGCCUUGUGCGAUCAGCCAGCGAGGUGAUCCCAGGGUUGUCCUAGAUGCAUGCAGUACAUGUAGAAGUUAAGGAAUGUUACUGGCAUUGGAAUUACAGUCGUAGGAGUCUCUGCUUUGGUUGUUGCAGAGAAGACAAACACAAGUAGUCCCAUUAAAAUCAGUUACAUGCAUAAGGUAGUCAGCACAGCACUCCGCUGUCCUUAAAUUAAUUGCAGGCAAAGUUCUGUUUCUGUAAUCAGUUUAUACUCGAUCUCAAAUGCUUCCCAGAGGACAAGAAACACCUGCUUGCUGGAGUGGUGUUAAGGGCACUGAAACAUUUCUGUGUUCUCUUCUUAAUACUUAGGGGUUUAUAGUCUGAGAUUACAUUGUCCUAAAUCCUCUGCAUGGGGCAGCAAAGAGGCUGGCAAGUAUUCUUUCAGUAAUUCCUCACUCUCUAUUUGUCUCUAAUGUUACCCCAAACAGAAGUCUUCCCAAGCUUACAUGCUACCUGGGCUCUCAAGCAUGUGCUUUAUUUUUCUGAAUCUAGAAGGAUAAACAAAGAUGACUGCAACAGAACUUGCAAGUCUAAGAAAUACAAACAUAUGUAUUGUAGUAUUUCUUCAGAUACCAGUGCUGAUGAUAAACCUAACAGACCCACUUCUAGGAGCUCAUUAAGCCAUACUGUUUUGUACAGCAGGAAGCCUGGCAGGCCUAAUGCCCUGGGUCUUAGACCAAGAACUUCAGAUUUACAUCCCAUCCUCUUGUGAAUAUUACAGAUGCUCAUAAGCAAUGAAAGUUCAGGGAACAAUAGUGCUAAAACUCCAGAACCAGCAUUUCACCUCACUUGAGUACAACAAGGUAUUCCUCCAUAAUUCUAGAAAGGAGGAGGAAAAGUAUCACUGUUUAAGAGAUCCACGUGUGCCUGAGUUCCUUUCAUUUAACCACAAGAUUAUUCUUCCUUUCAGUCAUCAGGUUGCAUACGAAAGAAAAAUAAUUAGUUCCUGUUUUUCUGAUGCCCAGUAAAGGAGUGGUGUUUGCUAUCUCCUUCAAACAACAGAGAGAUUGUACACUACAACAAAAAACAAAUGUGCCUCCAAGAUAAUACAGCGAGAAGCCCAACAGGCCAGGGACCAACCGCCCUCUCUGCCUUAGCCUGUGAGGAGUGUCAUGAGCUCCGCUGAAGCUGCUGGUGUUUCUGACAGCUUCCUCCAGCUGCGGAUCUGCCCACCGCUGGACUCGCUCUGUACAGGGAGUACGGCGGAGCCGCCCUGUCCCUGCCUUGCACAAGUACCCCAAUCCGUUUCUAUUGGUAAUGGCUCAUGCUACUGAUUAUCGCAGCGUUUCAGAAGUGCUAAUUAUCUUUUCCUGGUAAUGACUAAUAAAUCCAAAUGGAGAACA